AUGGGCCUGGCCCGCGUGCAUUACUGGGGCCGCGAGCGAAAUUGGGAAAUCAAUCCCGCACGUGUAGUGCUCGCGGAUCUCCCACUCGGACUCCCCAUGGCGGAUCACGCACGUGUGGACGUGCGGGAACCCGUACAAGCCGCCGAUACCGAGGACGGUGCAGCCGGGCUCGGUCGGGGGCCCGAAGAAGCCGAAAGUGGUGAACCCGUUGUCGGUCAUGGGGGGGAGGUGGAUCGUGCGGCGGCUGCACGGGUCGAAGAAGAAGAAGGUGCCUUGGUCGGGUCGGGUCAUGAGGAUCCAGCCGUGGCGGGAGCAGCAUAUCUCGGCGCCGUGGAGGUCGGGGAAGGAAGUUUGGAAGGUGGAGCCGUUGCAGCCGUGUGCGCGUGCGGGGGUGGUAGCGCGUGA